AUGCGUAAUUUUUCCUUCUCAUACACUACCACUUCAAACAUCCCAAUAUACGAAUAUUACUAUCAUUUUUCCAUAGUAGUACCAUAUUCAACUCCCAGAAUGGCAUCUAGCAGUCGUCAAAUCCCCUCCACCUCAAAUGACUUGACCGAGACCGAUUUCCGACUGAUCGAGUAUUCCACAGCCCUGGACAACUUCAGUCAAUACGUCGGACUUGAUAGUGAGGAAUCGAAUAUAGAUGAUGUCCGUUCUCAGAAUUUCUUAGCGUUGAUAAAUGCUUUUCAUACCGGUAACAAUACGGGAAAACCAGAUUAUUCUGGAUUGUCAUCAUUUGAUGAAGUUGGAUCACAACUUAGGGAAGUUUAUCAGUUAGCCAAGACUACGGGAGAUGAGGAUGUAGCGAAUAGUGUGAGAUUGGUUUACGAGUGGGCUGGAAAGUUGAAAACUCAUGACGAGGCACAGACGGGAAAGCGAAGUAGUGGAAGGAAAAGAACCAGUCGACGAAAUACCAGUCAAGCCCAGACGGAGAGGGUAGGCGCGGAAGGGGCGACGGAAUGGACUGAAGUCAGCUCUCAAAUCCCUACGGACGACACUGUCAUACAAGAUGAACAAAGUGUAAGAAGGAAAGGAAAAGGGAAACAUGUCUCUUGGGCAUGA